CCAGCACGUAUCAUAUCACAGCAGUUUCCCUGGUGAGAAGUUGGAACGCUACAGCAGUUGCCUCAAGGAGGGGAAAAAAAAAAUGGUCCAAGCCAAGACCUGGGUCCUGAAGCAGCACUUUGAGGGUUUUCCCAAAGAUGGCGAUUUUGCGCUGGAGCUGGAGGAGCUACCGGAGCCAAAAGAUGGAGGUUGGUGCAUGAAAACUGCAUUUUGCUUUCUGUCCUAUGGAUGUGUGUCUUAUUUUUGCUCACUGUGGUUGAUUGUUGCAGAAGUACUUGUGGAAGCAGUGUUCCUCAGUGUGGAUCCCUACAUGCGGCCUUUUAGUCGCAUGCGAAUGCAGCCUGGAGAGGUGAUGAUCGGAACUCAGGUGGCCAAAGUAAUUCAGAGUAAAAACCCAACAUAUCCUGAAGGCAGUCACGUGGUUUGUCGCUGCGGAUGGAGGACACACACUAUAUCAGACGGAACUGGUUUAAUUCGAAUCCUGAGCGACUGGCCUAAAGAUGUUCCGCUUUCUCUUGCUCUUGGAGGCGUCGGCAUGCCAGGGCUGACUGCUCUAUAUGGUUUAGAAGAGGUGUUGGCCAUCAAACCCGGGGAAACCCUCCUGGUGAACGCAGCGGCUGGUGCCGUGGGGAGCGUCGUGGGUCAGAUUGCUAAAACGAAAGGCUGUAAAGUGGUGGGUUCAGCUGGGAGCGACGCUAAAGUGGCCUGUCUGAAAGAGCUGGGUUUCGACCAGGCUUUCAACUACAAAACUGUGACCUCUCUGGAGGAAGCUCUAAAACAGGCCUCGCCAGAGGGAUACGACUGCUACUUUGAGAACGUUGGUGGCCAUUUCUCCAGUGUUGCGCUCUUGCAGAUGAAGCGGUUUGGGAGGAUUGCGGUUUGUGGAGGGAUUUCCCUGUACAAUGAUAAAGAACCCCAAACAGGUCCUUAUCCACACCUGCCUAUGAUCUUUAAGGAGUUGCGGAUGGAGGGCUUCAUGGUGGGGAGAUGGGAGCAUAAGAAUGAUGAGUCUCUCAGAAGGCUGUUUAACUGGGUGCAGGAGGGAAAGCUGAAGUGCAGAGAACAUGUGACUGAUGGCUUUGAGAACAUGCCCACUGCCUUCAUGGGCAUGCUGCAGGGGGAGAACAUCGGGAAAGCCAUUGUUAAAGUCUGAAGGCUUUCCUUCCUGCUCAGUAUCGUGAAACUGAAUCCCUUCCCUGUUGCACAUUGAAUAAAACAUGAAGUUUGGUAUUGUAGAGGGUUGUGUGGGUUUUUUUUUUUUUUAAAUAAAACCCUUUUCCACCCAUUUUCUUUAUAUAAAACCUAUUCUGUUUAAAUGUUUGGGGUUCAACAUGUGAACGCUUUUACUCACUGGAUAUGACUCCAUCUACUGAAUCAUUGAGCAAGGCUUUAAAAGUUUACCUCCUUGUGUAAGGAAAGACAAAGCUGUCAAACUGCCGUUGUAUCUUUCUUAACCUGCAGCAAUAAAACUCCA